AUGGACUGGUCCAAGACUGUCUUUCGUCUGCGCGCAUUGCCAGACACCGUGGAAACCAAAGAAGAUGCCGCUCGUCUGCUUAGUAAACGGCUCAGCGAUAUCUCUACGCACCAAAUCUGGGUGUAUUCCCUCGCGCUGACUCUGAAUCAUUGGGAGGAUCCUCCCACUAAAGUGGCAACUGUUAUGUUCGAUGUUCCCCCUUCGCUUGUCCAACGCAAUCCAGAAAGCCGGGCGUGGCAUAUUCCCGCCAGGGGCCAUGAUCGUAAUAGCCCAGAUCUCAUAUUAGAUACCCACUUUAUAGGUCUUACACCCUUGAAUGAUACAAAUCACUUGCAAAAUUCGUACGAUUGCAUCGCUAUCUCAGGUCUAGCAAGCCACCCUUUCGGAUCCUGGCAGCGCAAGGGAAGUAACAAACGCUUCAUGUGGAUUCGUGAUAAUCUACCCAAGUCUGUGCGAGGAAUCCGAGCCAUACUUUACGGGUAUGACACUGAGCUUAACGGCAGCAGCUCAUUCCAGACCAUCAACGAUCUCGCCAAGCAGCUCAUCGAUCAACUCCAAGCCCACCGGGUCCCAGAGUCGGUAACGCCGUUGGUCUUCCUCGCUCAUAGUCUGGGAGGACUGGUCGUUAAGCAAGCUCUACGCGACCUGGCCGAAAAUUAUCCGGGUGAUGAAUAUCAGGCUCUCUUGAGUGCUGUACGAGGAGCAGUGUUCUUCGGCGUCCCAAAUUUGGGCAUGGAGCACAGGGAAUUGGAAGCCAUUGUCCAUGAUAAACCUAACGGGGUUCUUAUUCGGGAUUUAUCUACAACAUCCAACUUUAUCCACCAACUCACAGAGGCGUUCUCCACCAAUCACUUUCACGAACGAUUCAAGUUCUUUUGGGCGUAUGAAACAAGUGUGUCGCCCACAGUUGUCAGGAAAGCAGACAAUCGAGUAACCAGAGAUGGGCCUACGGCCAUUCUGGUGAACAAAGAUUCAGCAACAUGCGGGUUCAUUAACACUAGAUCUGCAAUAACAUUUUCAAUCAAUGAGUCACAUUCCAAUAUGGUAAAGUUUGAUCAAGGUUCUCAAUAUUACUCAACUGUGCGCUCAAAGUUAUUGCAAAUUCUAAAGCCCGAUCCUCAGCCACAAGAAGGCAUUGACUAUAAUGCACAGAGUAGCAGCGUGUCACACACUGUCCCUGACGAUGUGAUACAGCCUAUCUACCAGACUGAUCCAGCAGACAGUGCGAAAUCAGCAGCCGAGAGCCUUCUGCUGCAGCCGCCACCACGCAGCAUACUUGUCAGUGGAAUACAAAUGCAACAGGAACUCUCCAGAGACAUGAAGUACAUGGGACGACUAGAACCGUUUUUGAUAUCGAUGGAACAGUUUGGCCAGCUGGCGGAAGAUAUCAGACUAUUCUCCAAUAACUCUGAUAGCAUUGCGUACGUAUGGACAACAUGCGAGCAUUCAAAAGCAUUUGAUUCCAUUUUGAAUGCAUACCAGUUAAUUGGAGAUCAGAUGCCUCGACUUCGCCAGUACCAGGCUGUAUUUAUUGAGUGUUCUCACUUGAGAGAUGCUCUAGUAAUGAUCUACAAGGAUAUUCUUCUGUUCCACUCUGAAGUAAUCCGGCAAUUAAAACAUCGGCAAUGGGAUCAGCUGUUUCAUGCCUGGAUGAGAGACUUUACUAUCAAUAUUGACGAUAUUGCGGAGAGAGCUGCGCGAAACAAACGGCUUAUUGAAAAUAAAGUCUCUCUCAUGGAGUUUGAGGCAAUCAAAAAAGAUGAUUCGAUAUCCGCGCGUGCCUUUGAACGUGAGAAGGAGGCUAUGGCAAAGGUUCAUAGAGACACGAUCGAGCACUGGCUUUCCGCAUUCGACAUCAAAGCAGAACACCGCAUUCAUCAAGCCAAGAGACGAGUUUGUCAAAACCCCGGGCAUUGGCUACUGAAUAGCCCCGAAUUAAAGACAUGGUCAAGCAUUGACGAUCAGUCAAACCCACUACUUUGGCUCAGCGGGAUCCCGGGAGCAGGCAAGACCGUUCUCGCUUCUAUCGUGAUUGACGAGCUUUCCAGACUUCCGGGAGCAAUUGUUGCGUAUUUCUAUUGCAAGCAUGGCGAUGAGAGACGUAACUCCGUUGAUAGUGUUACGAGGUCGAUCUUGGCACAAGUCCUUGACCAGAACCCUGAUCUACUGCCAUAUUAUUACGAAAAGGCUCAUAUGAAUGCCUCAUUGACGUCAUCCACAGUCUCUGAGCAAUUGUUAUGCACGUCUCUCAGGAGUUGUAGGAGGGUCUAUAUCGUACUUGAUGGCUUAGACGAAUGCGGGCGCGCUGCCAGGAAGAAUAUCGUCAACCAAUUUCGUCAAAUGGUUGAACAAACGGUGAUAGAUGUGGGCUCCAUCCGGUGUCUGUUUGUCAGCCAGGAAGACGGUGCGGCUGCUGAAGAUUUUGAGGGCAUCGAAUGCAUCAAGAUCGGACAGCGCAAUUUUGAAGAUAUUUCGGCUUUUGCCCGCGUAUGGCAGCAGACUAUAGUCACCAAGUUUGGGGGAAACAAUCGACUCCUGCAUAUUCAAGACAUCAUAACAAAACGGGCUAAGGGGAUGUUUAUCUUCGCCGAACUAUUCGCGAAAUAUCUCGAGGAGCGUCUGAGUCUUGAGGACCUCGAAGAACAACUUCGUCCCGACAAUCUGCCGGUGGAGUUGGAUGAUCUCUAUGAGCGGAUUCUUAGUCGCAUCCAAGAAGUGAGAGACGUUGAAACUAUGAAGCGCAUCAAGGAAAUGCUAGGUUGGAUUGUCUGUGCUCGUCGGCCACUACGAUGGGAAGAGAUACAGACCACAGCCUGUAUCAGCCCUACGCAUGGGAAUUUUGAUGUUCGCAGACGACUAGUCAAUUCGCCAAGCGAACUGUUCGCCUCUCUUAUCGAGUACCAUCUUGAUGGCACAGUUGAUCUUGUUCAUGGUACUGCACGGAAGUAUUUGACGAAAGGAGGGUUGGAGAAAGGCCUCAGAAAAGAGGUGGUGGUAAGAGUCCACCAGGCUCAUCAUUCGCUAGCAGUGCGCUGUCUCACGUACCUCUCGUUCCCUCAGUUCGAUCUCAAUCGAGCUGAACAUGAUGUCAAGUCGGAUAUGCUUGACGGGUUUCAUCAGCUGUAUGACUAUGCGUCUGCUUGCUGGGUUAUGCACCUGGAGGGUGGGAUUUUGGGUCUUGAAGUGGGCGACCUCACUCGUCUAUGCGAGGCACUGAAAAGAGUAGUUGAUUUGCACUGGUCCGAGUCACACAAGCCCAUCCAACAUAUCGAAAGAGUGCGCACACUCUUAUCACCUUUCAACGAGAUUGAAACUACGGAAUUGAAGGAUCACAACCGACUAGUUCAAACGGUCGCUUGGGCCAGGAAGCAGUCUGGCCAGUCUGGAAUAGGCCCCUGUGAUGAGGAGGCGCUCGCUUUGUGGAAGGUUACAGCCAAAAUUAGAUCCGUGUUGGAAGGUAUUGAUACUAAGGGUGACGAAUUCAAGACGAUCAGACGUCUCUACGGCGUGAACCGGUUCAAGUGCCCUCGAGUCAACUGUCACUACUAUCAUCACGGAUUCCGCUUCCUUGACCAGCGGAACCGACAUACCAAAAAGCACACCCGACCGUACCUCUGCGUUGUCGCGGGCUGUCCGAUGGAGGUCUUCGGUUACGCGCUGGAAAAAGAACUGCAAAAGCACUUGUUUGACGUGCAUCACAUCAACGAUGCCAGUGAUGGAGAUGAGCCAGACUUCCCUAAACCUAUAAGAAAGGAAACAUCCAAGUCCGGAGGAGUUGAGGGAAAGUUCAGAUGUACCGACUGUGAUAAGACUUUUACCCAAAAAAAGAGUCUGAAUCGACAUCAGAGAAGUCAUGCUAGUGAGAGGUCUUUCCUUUGUACCACUUGUGGCAAACCCUUCACACGAAAAGAAGACUGCGAGCGCCAUCAGGAUGUACAUAGUAGCGAUAAACAAAAGUACGUCUGUGCCGGAACUCUCAAGGAUGGGACAAAGUGGGGGUGCAAUAGAUCCUUCGCCAGAAAGGACAAACUCAGGGAUCAUUUCCGGCCAGAAAAGAAUCUCAAGUGCAUCUUGCCUUGGCUGCGAGAGAAACAGGCAGCUGGUGGGGUCGAUGGAAAAUAUCUGGAUGACAACGUGUUUGCCGAUCAAAAGGGUGCCAAUGCCGAGGUCCUGCUCACGGCUGGGCGAACCUUACCCCCUUUUCGGGUCUUUUUGGAGAAAUGCGGUCUUUGA